AUGGCCUUCCGUAACACUGCGAUUGUUGCCGGCACAGUCUUGACUGGACUCGUUGCCUACGCCGUUUACUUCGAUCACCGCCGCCGCACUGACGUUACCUUCCGCAAGUCACUCAACAAGAAGAACAAGGUCGUCGAGAAGGUCGCCAAGGAGCAAGAAGCUGCCGCUGAGGGCGCACAGAAGGAGGAGAUUAAGCAGGCUCUUGCCAAGGCCAAGGAGGAGGGAUGGCCCACUGACCUUGAAGAGAAGGAGUCAUUCUUCAUGCAGCAAGUAGCCAUGGGUGAGGGACUCUGUGCUGAUGGAAACAACAAGGUCGAGGCCGCCGUCGCCUUCUGGAAGGCAUUGAAGGUUUACCCUCAACCUGCCGAUCUCAUUGGAAUUUAUGACAAGACCGUUCCCAAGGAAACCCUCGAAGUCCUCGCUGAGCUCAUUGCUUUGGACGGUCCCCCUCUCGCGCUGGUGCGAACCCUGCUGAAGACCUUGUGG